AUGGGGAUACUAUCAAGGAUGCAAGGCAAUGGUGUACAAAUUGUGAAGAAGGACUUUGUGAAGACUGUGAAAAACUUCAUAGAUCUACCAAAAAUCAUUUCCAUUAUUGAUUUUCAACGAAUUAAAGAUGUGGUUGUAAGCCAAGAAUGCAAGCAACAUGGAAAACAUUACGAUCUAUACUGUACUACACACGACACUGUUCUAUGUAUCGCCUGUGUCGAUCACCAUAAAUCCUGUUCUCAAGUCAUUCCACUGAUCGAAGCUUCUGCACAUGCCAAACAAUUCGCCGCCCUUGCCGAUUUAGAAGAUACGAUAAAUUGGGCGCUUGAAGAUACAAAAACAAAUAUCAAAGCUAUGAAGUUAUCUGCUGAAGCAUUCGAUACACAAGAGGAAAAUAUUAAGAAAUACAAAAAGGAAAUGCGCGAAAAAUUGAAUCAACGUUUACAUGAUAUGGAGCAGAAACUUACAGUAGAUCUUUCAACAAAAUCUGAGUGUUGUAAAACUGCAUACGCAAAUAUAAUAAAGCAAUUAAUUUUAGCAGACAACAAGUUAGCAAAGUUAAAAAAGGACACAGAAAGCCUGAAACAAAUUGCGUCGGAUGAAUAAUAUUUCUUGGAACGCAUGAAAUAGGCAACGUGGUUAAAAAAGAGAUUUAUUCCUUAAAGACCAUAUCUAGUAUUGAAAAAGCAUAUGAAAUAAACAUGGAACUCGAUGCUUGUAUUUCAUUGUUUUUAAACAAAGUUAGUCAACUAGGCAGCAUAUCAAUUAAAAAAAAUGCCAAUUUGCAGUUUUAGGAACCAAAAUCAAAUCAAGCCCAAAUGCAAAUUUCUGUGCCACUUAUGCAAGAACUCCAAAUUAAACAAACGUUUAAAUUAGAAAAUGCUAACUUGAAGAUGAUCGUGACCGGUUGUAGUAUGGUACCAAA